AUGUUGGUCGCGUGUGUGUUGAUUUUAGUCAAAGCUGUCAAGGGUGGAGCCAAUGCCACCCUGUAUGCGCAAAUCGUCAUUUCAUUGAUUGCUACUUUGGGUUCUUGGAUCACGUCAAGUGUCCUGGCGCUAGAUCCGUGGCAUUUGCUAACCUGCAUGUUGCAGUAUUUGUUAUUGGCCCCAGCAUAUAUCAACGUACUCAACGUCUAUGCAUUCACAAACCUUCAUGAUUUUUCUUGGGGAACGAAGGACCAGAACAUCAUUUUAACCGACCUGGGAGUGGCAGUCUUUGCUGGCGAUUCGAAAGUAGAGAUCGCAUGCCCGCUGGAGCAGAAAGAUCUUGACCAGACUUAUGACGAAGCGCUGAUGAACCUGAAAACUCGGCCGAAAUUGGUCGAAAAGAACCGGUCGGACAAGGAGAAAGAAGCUCUAAAGCAAGACUAUUACAAAAGCGGUAUCGUGGUCGCUUGCAUAUUGGAUGGCGAUGUGAGAAGCUCCUUUGCUUUGGGAAAAGCCAGCUUGAAGGUCCGGCUAUACAUGAUCAUCAUUCUUGGCUUUGUAGCCUUCAUGGCGCUGAUCCGUCUCGGCGGAUCAACAAUCUACCUCGGCAUCCGGCUGUUUGCCUGCUGA